GCAGAAGCUAGCAUUUCUAAUACAAUAUUGAAUAAUAACGGUGAUAGUGGGCAACCUUGUUUCACUCCUGAUCUUACUGGGAAUGGUUCCAGUUGGAUACUUAAGAUUUUAAAAUAUUUCUUUUGGUAUUCCCUUAGGAGAAAACAUGGAGGUAACCAUCCAGCAAAACUUCUCCAACGGAAGCUCGGCCCUUUGCAACGAGUACUGCGGGAAGGUCCUGGCCACACUCUAUGGCGCGGUCUUGUUAGGGGGCACGGUUAGCUCCAUCAUGAUGGCCCACGUCCUGUCCCAGAGGAGUUCCUGGUCCGCCAUCACCAUCAUCAUCACCAACCUCACCGUGCUGCACUCCAUCUUCCUGGCCAGCCUCCCCUUCCGCCUCAGCUAUUACUUUCUGAGGCAGUGGAAGUUCGGGUGGUUCGCUUGCCGGCUCGUCAGCAGCGCGGUCCAUUUCCACACGUACCUCAGCUUUCUCUUCUACGUGGCCAUCAUCGCCAUUCGCCUGCUCACUCACUUCAGGAGGCUCCCAGCGCAGGAGGCGCAGACGGGCGGGGCCGCGGCCCUGAGCAUCUCCAUCUGGCUGCUGGGAACGCUCACCUUCGCGCUGCUUUUCCGCUUCCACUAUGGCGCCCACACGGACGCCUCCCUUCACUGCUUUGAGUUCCACCAAGAACUCGGCCUCCGGUCGGUGGCCGCCAUCAAUUACUGCGCGAUCGGAGUCCUCUUGGCCACGGUCUCGGCGCUCUCGGCGCUUCAGCUGCUGGUGCUCAGACGCCUGCGCAGGGCGCUGGGGCCCGGCGCGCUCGCCCACCAGGAGCUCCGGGCUCACGGCAGCAGCCUCUUCUUCCUGCUGGUGAUGGUCGUCUGUUUCCUGCCGCAUCACAUCUUUCGGGCUUUUUUCAUUCACAAUUAUUCCCGGGACCAGAACCCGGAGCUAAUUCUAUAUGGUGAGAUCUGCAAGGCGCUCACGGGCGUCUGCAGCCUGGACAUGCUGUGCUUCCUGGGCGGGCUGGCCCACUGAGCGCUCGUCGCGACCAACCUGCAUUUUUUCUUAGGAGCUUUUUUGGAGAGAAGUUCCAGGUUGAGAAAUGUUCCGGACCCUUCCCCCUUUCUCUUCUCCUUCCCCUUCCCCUUCCCCUUUCCCUUCCCCUUUUCUUUCCUCUUCCCCUUCCCCUUUCCCUUCCCCUUCCCCUUCCCCUGCCCCUAGCCACCAUCUCUGUUCCCACUUCCAUGUUCAUGGAGCAGCCCCCGGUGAUUGCUAUCAUUUGCUCAGCCAUUGAAGGUUAGUGGAAGACUUGCUGAAGUCCCAGGAUACCAAAAAGAGCAAAAAUAGUGCCCACAAUCCAAGCCAAGGAAGAAAACGGGGCACAAAUGGCUCAGGAAGGAGAAGAUUUAGAAGGAAAUCUCAGCCGCUGUUCAGGGACCAACAGAGGAGACCGAUGCAUCCAAGACUGAUCCUUACCAUAAUCCCAUCCUGCUGAGCUUUGGGAUUUCAUUCAGAAUGCUCAGAUGGAUCUGGGCAUCCUAGUUUGGAAGCCCUUCUGGGUGACUUUCAUCCAGGCCCUUCCAUGGGUUCACCCCAAGAGGCCCAUCCAAUGUGCAGGAGGCCUUCCUUACUUUCUCACGACACCAGGGGAAUAACAAUGGAGUCCUUGACUGUCGUCCAUCUGGCGCUCUUGGCACAAGAACAGUCCAUCAUCGGGGAACUUAGAAGACAAAACUAUUUCCUAACCGACUUUGGGGACCUUGUUCUUAAUCCUCCUAGGGUGUCCUUUCCUUCCUCUUCUCUCUAGAUUUUUCAGGAUACCCUUCCUCUCUCCUGAUUCUUCUCCCUCUCUGACCACUUUGUCUCCUUUGCGGAAAAUCCCGUUGAUCGUGUCCUGUGACCACGAGUGUCCCUUGGGGCUUUGUCUGCAAAUUCCAGCUAAAAUCUCAUCUGAGAAACUUGGGUUUUCUUCUAAAUGCUGUCUCUAUUUUGCCAAGGUUUGGGUUUCCUCAGAAUUUCCUUCUAUCUCCAACCUUCAUAGAAGAACACAUAGUAGAGUUGAAUUUCUGUAGAGACUAAACAAGAAUGCAGUUAUUUAAUGUCAUUUUGCUUUAGAGAAAAUACAAAGGAGACGAAGAGGAGAUACAUGAGGUAGGCAUUAUGUUUGUAGCAUAAAGGGGAGGUAGCAUUUGUGGCCCUGCCGUUUAACUGGGGUCACUACUCUCAGUUCCUUAGUCUGAUUGUGGAUGCUGGGAAAAGACUUAAGGGUCUCAGAAUGGUAGAACAGACAAUGUUCCCACAUAAAAGCACUCAGCUGGGCCUGGGAAGCACCAAGUCAGAAGACUGGACGAUGAGAGUUAACAUUUCAGAUCUAAUUAGCAGCAAAAGCAUGCUUCUGAUAGGAAGGAUUAAUGUUGUUAAUGUUCAUUUCAUAUUCAUGACGAUAAAGAACCUGAAGGACUGACAUGUUUCGUUCUGGUUUUCUAACCUUAAGUUUUGUUCGUUUCUAUUCUACUUUAAUAAAAUACCUUCUAAUCUCAAA